AUGGCCUCUCACUCGUCCACAUUUGUUGCCAUUCCUUCUCCCACCCUUUAUGAUCCAAAGGAUCUUGUGGAAUUUAACACCAUCACCCAACUCCCUAUCAAACUAAACUCCUCCAAUUAUCCCCCGUGGUAUCGACAGAUUCAUUCUUUGCUUGUAGCCUGUGACCUUGAAGGCUACAUCACGAGUGACACACCUUGUCCCCCCAAAACCAUUACCACUGCCUCUAGUGUGUCUUCCAACCCACCUUAUAAUUUUUGGAUUCGUCAAGACAAAUACCUCUACAUCACCUUACUUGGUUCAUGUGAUAGUAAGGCCCACGCCGUCAUGUCCAUGGUAGAAACAUCACGAGCUGCUUCAUUGUCCUUGGAACGUGCCUUUGUUGCUUGCUCUUGCUCAUAUGUCAUGUCCCUUAAAGAGCGUUUGAAUUCUAGCACCAAGGGCUCUUCCACUAUUGCUACAUAUUUGGAAUCAAUUUGCUCAACUGCUGAGGAGUUAUCCUUGAUAGGCCACGUUAUUGUUGACAUCGAUCUAGUCAUUCAUGCUCUUAAUGGUCUUGAUCCUUCUUUUCGCGAGUUCACAGCCUCCAUAUGCACUCGUGACACACCAAUCUCAUUUGAUGAGUUGUUUGUCAAGCUAUUGGAUUAUGAAAUGUAUCUUAAACGUGAUGAAAAUUUCAACCACCAAACUUCCAUCAUUGCCAACUAUGCUAAUCGGGGAUGCUCCCACCGUUCCAACAAGGGGCGCAACCAUAAUAAUCACUCCACUUGUUCAUCUGUUUCCUUCAAACAUAACAACUCUUCCUCCACCUCCAACAUUGUUUUCCAACUCUACUCUAAGAAGGGACACAAUGCUCAAACUUGCUACAAAUUCACUAAGAACAAUCAACGAUCUUCCAACCUUGCUACUCAUGCAACCCAGGCCACUAUUCCACUGCUUGAGUGGUUGUUUGACUCUAGUGCUUAA